GAGGCGUUCGCGUGCCGGGCCCGGGUUUCCCGACUCGUGCCGACUGUGACCGUUGGAGAGAGCGCGUGAGGAGCCCGUGGUCCCGAAUGGGGAAGGAGUAGGGAGAGGUGGGCUCUGGGUGAGCGCGCUAGGACCCGGGGAGGGAGAGCGGGCUGCGAGAUGUCCCGGCUCAUUGUGAAGAACCUGCCGAGCGGGAUGAAGGACGAGCGUUUUAAAACACUAUUUGGUGCCUUUGGAACAUUAACAGAUUGCACAUUAAAGUUCACAAAGGAUGGAAAAUUUCGAAAGUUUGGAUUUGUUGGCUUCAAAACAGAAGAGGAAGCACAAACUGCUUUAACACACUUCAAUAAGAGCUACAUAGACACUUCCAGAAUUGCUGUGGAGUUUUGUAAAUCAUUUGGGGAUCCAGGACUGUCCAGACCAUGGAGCAAACACUCGCAGAGGAAUCAGGCUGGGCAAAUUCCACAAAAGACAAAAGAACAAAGUUGCAAAAGUGAGGGACCAAAGGAUAAACAGAAGAAGCCUGUCAUUGAUAACCUGGAGCAUCUGAAGGAAGAUGAUGAAUUUGAGGAAUUUCUGGCAGUACAUCAGAACCGUUCCAAUGUCCCAACCUGGACUAAUGAUACUUUACCUGCAAAGAAAAAGGAUGCCAUGCAGUUGGCUGAUUACCUGAACUUUGAUUCUGAAGAUUCUGAAGAAUUGAGUGAGGAGCAGGAGGACACUAUUAAAGAACCAAAAACCAAACAAAAGCAAACAGAAGAAAAUGUUGCAUUGAGAAAUGAAGUAUCUGACAUGGAUUACUUAAGAUCAAAAAUAGUGAAGGCUGAAGGUGAAUCUGAAAGUGAUGAUGAAUCUGAGGCAGAUGAAGAAAAUAAUCUGAAAUUAUCCACUGAGGGAAGUAGCUUAUUACAUACAGACAGCAAUUGUGAAAGUGGAGAAAAAAAGCAGGAUAACAAACCAGCACAGAGGGAAAAAACACAACUGGAGAAAAAGAAACAACAAAAUGAACCAACUACACCAUUUACCUUGAAGCUGCGAGGGGCCCCCUUCAGUGUGAAAGAGAAACAAAUACGGGAAUUCUUUGUUCCGAUAAAACCUGUGGCUAUCCGAAUUGUCAAAAAUGCAAAUGGAAACACAACAGGCUUUGUAUUUGUUGAUUUUGAGUCAGAGGGCGAUCUUGAAAAGGCAUUGCAAAGAAACAAAGACUACAUGGGUGGAAGGUAUAUUGAACUUUUUAGGCAGAACAAUGCUCAAACAACUAAACCAGAUAGAAAAAAUAUUGACCCAAAAUGGCUAAAAAGGGAAAAGAAAGAAGACGAGGAGGAAGAGGAUAUCUCUGACUCAGGAAGAUUGUUUGUUCGAAACUUAGCUUAUACGUCGACAGAAGAAGACUUAGAAAAAGUAUUUUCUAAAUAUGGACCAUUAGCGGAGAUUCAUUUUCCUAUAGACAGCCUCACCAAGAAACCAAAAGGCUUUGCAUUCAUCACGUAUAUGAUGCCUGAACAUGCUGUGAAGGCCUUUGCUGAAUUAGAUGGGGAAGUAUUUCAGGGCAGGAUGAUGCACAUUUUACCAUCUACAGUAAAAAAGGAAAAGACUGAAGACAGUGAAACAUCAGGCCUCUCUACUUACAAGAGAAACAAAGCAGCGAAAGACAAGGCCAGCAGUAGCAGCUCACAUAAUUGGAAUACUUUAUUUAUGGGAACGAAUGCUGUUGCUGAUACAAUAGCAGCAAAAUAUAAUGCUACAAAAAGCCAAGUGCUAGAUCACGAAGGAAAAGGCAGUGUUGCAGUCCGCAUGGCCCUGGGAGAGACGGAGAUAGUACAAGAGACCAGGCAGUUCUUGAUAGAUAAUGGAGUUAGGUUGGACUCUUUCAGUCAGGGUGUUGGGAAGAGAAGUAAAACAGUUAUCCUUGUAAAGAAUAUUCCUGUUGGAACACAAGUGGAAGAAUUGGAGAAAGUAUUUAAGAAGUAUGGAGAUCUUGCACGUGUUUUACUUCCACCAGCUGGCGUAACUGCCAUUGUGGAAUUCCUAGAACCUACAGAGGCAAAACAGGCGUUUACAAAGCUUGCAUAUUCCAAGUUUCAGCAUGUACCACUUUACCUUGAGUGGGCUCCAAUGGAUGUGUUCUGCUCCUCAACCCCAGAGAUAAAGAAACCUGAAGAGAAACAAAGUAAUACAGAUGAAGGUGACCAAGCAAAGGAUGAAAAUGAAGCAGAUAAUUUGAGUGUCAGUGAAGAAGAACAUCUUCCAGGAUGUACUUUAUUUGUGAAAAAUUUAAAUUUUUUGACAACUGAAGAAACUUUGGUGAAGACAUUUGACAAGUGUGGAUCAUUGAAGAAUUGCAGUAUAUCGAAGAAGAAAGACAAAACAGGUUCUCUUUUAUCAAUGGGAUAUGGUUUUGUGGAAUAUGCAAAAUCUGAGUCUGCUAACAAAGCACUAAAACUGCUGCAGCAUUGUAUGGUGGAUGGUCAUCAACUAGAGUUGAAGAUAUCAGACAGAGCUACAAUAUCUGUGAAUCCAACUAGAAAAUUCCAGAAAACAAGGAAACAAACAGUCUCCAAAAUCCUGAUUCGCAAUAUUCCUUUCCAGACAAAAGUGAAGGAAAUCCGUGAGCUUUUCAGUACGUUCGGAGAAAUAAAGACUGUGCGACUGCCUAAAAAAAUGGGUGGAACUGGUGCACAUAGGGGCUUUGGAUUUGUAGACUUUGUUACAAAGCAAGAUGCAAAGAAAGCCUUCAAUGCUCUUUGCCACAGCACUCAUUUGUACGGUCGACGAUUAGUACUGGAAUGGGCAGACUCUGAAGAUACAGUGGAGACAUUACGCAGAAAGACAGCUGAACAUUACCACGAUUCUCCAAAAAAGAAAAGGCAGUCAGAGAUCCUGGACGAAAUUAUGGAAGAAAAAGACUAGAUAAUUUUAUUUCUUUCAAUGGAAGCCAUGAAAUGGUUACAGGCAACCAUCAAAAACCAAAGACCAGUAACAACAAGAACCUGUGAGAAGAAGUAAGGCCUUGGUCCUAUCAGCAAGUUGGAUGAAGUCAAAUGACCAUCUGUUUUGAACUGAAAUGUUCCUUGGCUGUAUUGUGAGGACUCUUAACUGCAAACAGUACAACCUGGACAAACCCUGAUAGAUAUCAGUGCCUGUUUGCAGUCCAGUCAUAAAUCAUGAUGCAUGAAUGGCAUACUCUACAACCUAUUGAGCAACGUUUGUGAAAAGUAGCGGUAGUGUAAUCGAUUUUUGAACUCCCAUCUCAAACACAUGAUGAAAAACCGUUGUGCCAACUGGUUAUGUAUUCAUGGAAUACUAAAUAAACUUUAUGAGGUAAUUUGAAGCCUGACACACAGUGACUGGAAGAUGAAAACUAAUAGCUGAAGAAAUCUUCCAUGCGCACGAAUAUUGUGCAGUUGUAUUGAUCCUGCUGUUGGAGAGAGAGGGAAUACAGUAACUUCUCUCCAUCAGUCAUAAGUCUGAGAAUGUGGAUAGUCAGUGCUUUAUUGUUGGUUUUCAAGAUUAAUAGCAAAGGGUUUUACUGAAUUUCUAUCUUUGAACUUAAAACAUGCAGUUUGGUGGGAAACUGUUCCUAAUGAACCAUUGCUAUUAUUAUUCUUAAGCUAGUAAAACAUUUUGCCGUGCGUUUAUAAAAUCUUCAUCAUACCUAACAACAUUUUCUUAAAAGUAGGAUAUUUUUACAUAAUGCAAUAAGAGAUUCACAAUGUAUAGUAUUGGUAUGUUGCAUUUUGUUGUGAAAUAUUUAGUACAUCACACAUUUAAAUAUCUGGCAUGUUGGGGCCUAGUGGUUCUAAAACUUCCAUAUAUAGCAGAAUGGAAAAUUUUGAUAGAUAUAUUUUGAUAGAUGAAUAUAUCCUUGUGACUCUGAUGUGAAUUUUGAAAAUGAGUUUCAUAUGGAAUGUUGAAUUUCCAAGAAAGCAUAUUACAGAAAAUGUAACAUUCCAUAUGAAACUCAUUUUUCUUGGAAAGCAUAACUCUCGAGGCGGCACGGUGGCACAGUGGUUAGCACUGCUGCCUCACAGCGCCUGUAGACCCGGGUUCAAUUCCCGACUCAGGCGACUGACUGUGUGGAGUUUGCACGUUCUCCCCGUGUCUGCGUGGGUUUCCUCCGGGUGCUCCGGUUUCCUCCCACAGUCCAAAGAUGUGCGGGUCAGGUGAAUUGGCCAAGCUAAAUUGCCCGUAGUGUUAGGUAAGGGGUAAAUGUAGGGGUAUGGGUGGGUUGCGCUUCGGCGGGUCGGUGUGGACUUGUUGGGCCGAAGGGCCUGUUUCCACACUGUAAGUCUAAUCAAACCUCAAUUAUCAGGCAUUCGAUUAACCGAAUUUCAGAUUAUCUGAACAAGAUCAUAAGGUCCCGAUGUGUUGCUAACUAUGUUAUCUGGCAUCAAUUGUCCAGCAUUCAAUUAACUGAAUGAAAUACUGCCUGCCUGUAUCCUUUGGAGAAUUGAGGUUACUCUAUAUUUGGUGCUUAAGUCUCUGAAAACAAUGUGGCUUCAGGAGCUGUAGUACCACAGGCUUUAAGGAACAAUUACAUCUGUUUAUUGCAUAUAUUUACAUGCAUAAUGGGUACUGAUGUCUGAGUUGAAGGUUGAAGUAUGUGUUUCCUUUGUUGUGUACAUGUGAAUGUACAUAGCAACGCACUAAAUUCUCACAUGCAGAAGUGUUUAAAUUUUACAUGUUUCUGCAGUUUAACCUUAAAACAAUAACCAACUGAUUUGCCAAAGGUGAGCUUAGAAAUGGAUCUAUUGUAUUUUAAUGUUCAGCAAUUCAAGCAUUUUUGUGCCUCAGUUUAUGUCAAAUUUAUGUUGCUAUUAGUGCUCCUUAUGAGCUGUUCCAUUUCCGGUUUUUUGAUCUCAUAGCAGGUAAUUUUUACUAUCAGUGCAGAGGCUAAUAUUGAAAUAGAGUCCAACAUAACUUUUACAAUUCUACAUGCAAAUUUGAUUAUUGAACUUUUUCUAUGACUUACAGAAUUUCACAAAUAAA